AUGGAAGAUUUGUCUAAGGAAUGUGUUGCAUUGAAGGCUACCUUUCUGCUCCUGUUACUAGUCUUACAGAAUCCUCAUUGUUGCUCUAAGACAAGUGAACAUGUUUUUGCCCUUGAGCACGGGUUAUCUCUGUGGCAUGAUGGCUGUUUUGAUGAAUUACUGAAAGAGGGUGAAACCAUCCAGAGAAAGUUUGCUGUCGGGCCUCGUACUAUUUCUACUGAUCUUGCAGGAUCAUUCUCAAAACUUAUGUUCCGAGGAAAGGUGAAAGCUGCAUUGAGAUUGUUGAAUGGCUCUGGAUCAAUGUCUGGCCAGCCCCUUCCACUUGAUACUCCUGUAUCAUCUGGUGGGUCUAUUGUUACUGUUAGAGACAAAUUGAUGGAGAAACAUCCAGAUCCUCCUGAUCACAAACCUCAUUUUAUUGAAUUCCACCAAAUCAACGGAGGUCUAAUUCGCUGUGAUCCUACGGAUGGAUGGGGCUGCUGGUCCUUCAGGGAGGGAUGUCUCUCAUUGGAAGAUGAGCCAGAUCUAGUGUCAGUUGAUUCCACAGAGUUAGAGACCAAUGAUUAUGAUCUUCCUUGUGAUACUUCUACUUCUAAUGAUACUGAGUCCGAUAGUCAAUCGCAAAGUCACACUCACAGCACAUGCACAGAUGAUGACAAUGGUGGAUUUGCUUUAACUGUCACACCUAGCAGUACUUCUUCACUUUUUACAUCCUCCUCCUUACAGGCUGUUUCUAUGGCAUCAUGCUGUUCUUCAACUUCUUCCAGCUUACCAUCUAACAUUGCUAAUAAGAAGUUCUUUUCUGUUAAUCCUGACAAACGUUUCACUUUGACUGGAUUUUCAGAUUGGAAACAUGGGAAGGGAAAGAGUGGUAUUUUGACUAAGCAUGAUAGUUCCAUCAAACACAAGAAGGCUGUACUUGCAUGGAAAGAUUACCAACUUACUCAACAGAAUAGUCAGGCAUCUAUUGCCAACAAACUUGUAACUGGGAGACGCAAAGAAGUUGAAGAGAAUAGGCAGUAUGUAACGAUUCUGAUUGAAACUCUCCUUUACUGCAUUCAACAAGGAAUUGCUUUGCGAGGCCAUUGUGAAGUAGAUACUGAAGACAUGGAUAUCAAUCUUGAGCUACUCAAGAAACAUAUCACCUCUGGUCCACGUAAUACAUCUCUUCUGGGUCAUCACUACCAGAAUAAUAUUCUCUCCAUACUAGCUGAGAGUGUUCUUAAUUGCAUCAAAGAAGACCACAGAGCUGCUAAAUAUUUUACACUCAUAGUCGACGAAACUAAGGAUAUAAGUAAAAAAGAACAGCUUACACUAAUCCUGAGAUAUGUUUUGAAAGGAGUUGUACAUGAGUGUUUUAUAUCAUAUACUCACUAUGAAGAGCUCAAUGCUGCUGCCCUGACCACUUAUAUCUACCAAGCACUUAAAACCAUCAACCUUAGUAUUAGUAACUGUGUCAGUCAGUGCUACAAUGGGGCCGCAGUAAUGAGCGGCCCUUUUACUGGUGUAUGUAGCAGAAUUCUAGAAGACAACCCACAAUCUAUUUAUAUACACUGCUAUGCACAUCAAUUGAAUCUGACAUUAGUCGAUUGCUGCCAUUCUCUUCCUCAUGCUUCAAAUUUUUUUGCCCUUUUGGAAUCAUUGUAUGUUUUUAUGUCUUCUUCAGUACCACACUCUUUACUUUUAAACAAACAGAAGGAGAUGAAGAUAAAGGAGUUACGAUUAGUCAAGCUUAGUGACACCAGAUGGUCAUGUCGCCAUACUUCAAUGAAGGCAGUAAAAACCAUUUUUGCUGCAAUUCUUUCUACACUAGAUGAGAUAUUUGAUACUACUGGAACUCGUGCAAUCGAAGCUCGGGGUCUGUUACAUCAAGUUCAGAGUUUUUCAUUCCUUCUUUCUCUCAUCAUCUUUGAUAAAAUCUUCUCUAUCACUGGAAAUUUGUCCAACCUUCUACAAGCAGAGCAGAUAAAUUAUUCAGCAGCUGCUAUCUGCAUCACAGCUACCAAAACCACUUUAGUAAACCUUAGAAGUGAAGCAAAAUGGAAGAAACUUUGGGAUGAAGCUGUUAAGCUGGCUAACUCUCUCAAUAUACAUAUAACUGUCACUUCAGCUCAUAGACAAAGACAACCACCAUCUUCUCUCUCUGGCUUCAGUAUUGACAGGGAACAGCACAGCAGAUAUUUCUAA